AUGGCCGGGGCGGAGCAGCGCGAGGGUGGGAUGCGGAGGCCAGCGGGGUUGGGCAUAAAUCGCCGGCGUCACUCAGCAGCAGAAGUUAGGGUGUCAGAAAACACAGCUCACAGAAUAGACGCCACAGCAGAAAACAUUUUCCCAGCAAUGAAAGAUCAUGUCUUGAAAGCAUCUGAUGCAAUCAACAGAGGAGAAGUGAUUGCGGUGCCUACUGAUACCAUAUACAGCUCUGCCGGAGCAGUUAAUCGUAUUUAUGAGAUCAAAGGGCGCAUACAAACACGGCCUCUGACAAUUUGUGUUGCUGAUGUCUCAGACAUAUCACGCGCCAACUUAAGCGGACAGCCUAGUAGUGUCAGUGUCAAAGAUUUCGAGGGUUUAUGGCCACAUUGUUCAUAUGUCUUUGAUGGUGGAGUACUUCCUUCUGGGCGUGCUGGUUCAACAAUUGUUGAUCUAAUAACACCAGGAGUUUACAAGAUAUUGAGAGAUGGAAGCUCAAGGAAGGAAACAGCGGCAGUGCUUGGCAAGUUCGGCUUUGUUGAAGCUUUGUGA